GAGGGAAGGGCUUUGGGCUCCUGGCUGGAGUUCGAAUGUCGACCCCGCCCCAUCACGUCUAGGGCACCGCUCUGCAUUUCGCAGGGCCUGGGUGCCGUCACGGUGAAAGGGGCCCUGGCAAGCCCACCAGGGUUUGCUGCGCGGCCGCUCAGCCCUGGCCCUGGGCAGCAGGUGUGGCGGAGGAGGGGAAAGACGGGCGGCACCUCAGGGCGCUGUGGGGCCCGGCAGCCCCGAGUCCGGUUAUUUUUAACCACCCGCGCCCCCUCCCCCUUCUGGGAGUUGGAAGGCUUCGGUCUGGGGCCUGCGCCACCCCGCCAAGGGUUGGGCCGAGUCCACUUUAGAUAGGAGAUAUUUAAAGCGCUUUACAGUUUUCGAGCGGAUUCUUGGUUUCUCUGGAAAUGGGUGACAGUAUUGGUCACCGAUAAGGAGACUAAAAAUGGCUCCAGGGCAUUGGCGGGUCACCACCCUAGCCUUUGACCAACUCAGCCCCAGAGCCCUCUUGUCCUAUUUUUAGUCUGGCCAAAUUGGGGGCGGGUGUUGGGUCUGAGACUCGCAGUGAUUCAGGCUUUAGCUGCUCUAGGCAUCUCGUCUCCUGGCAACUGAGCCAUGGGCACCCACAGCCGGGCAGGGAGGGCAGAAGUUCUUGGUGCCCAAGGUGGCUCUGGGCCCACGGUCAUGUGCUCAGGCAUCUGCACGGAGACGGUUCUGCCUGGUCAGGUUCUGCCUGGUAUGUGACCGGUUCCGAGCCUGUGCCUGGGUUACACACCCCCUCAGCUCUCAGGGCCUGAGGGCAGGAUUUCGCCUGGAAAAACCCGAGGCUGGAGCUUGGUGGCCUGGGCCUGGGAAGGAUCUCUGUCUCCGCUUCCCAAGUGCCCGGCCCUACCCAACCCUACAGGUCUGGGCUCCUCGCUUGUGAAUCCUUCCUCACUGCCGCCUGUGCUGUUUUACAGGCAGACAGACCAUGGCAGAGUUCUCCCAGAAACGAGGGAGACAACGUGACGAGGUCCUGGGCAGCACUGUGGACUUCCUCCUGGCCAAUGCCCGCCUGGUGCUGGGCGUCGGUGGCGCCGCCGUGCUGGGAAUUGCUACCCUGGCUGUGAAGCGGCUCAUUGACAGAGCCACCAGCCCUCGAGAUGAGGAUGAUGCCAAAGGGGACACCACAUCCCUGGAGGAGAGCUGGAAAGAACUGACCCUACUCAAGGCCACGCCACGCCUGCAGCCCCGGACCCCCCCUGCUGCCCUCAGCCAGCCAGCAUCGCUCCCUGCCCCCGAGCCAUCUGCCCCCGAGGGGUCAUCAGGCACCGAGCCUCAGCCGUUGCCUCAGCCGAGCUCCCCAGCACCGCUGUGCCUGACGUUCCAGGAGAAGCUGCUGGCGUUCGAGCGGGACCACGUGACCGUCCCAGAGGCCCACGUGGCUCUGGCCAAGCAGCUGGCCGGUGACAUCGCCCUUGAGCUGCAGGCCUACUUGCGGAACAAAUUCCCAGAGCUGCCCUUCGGGGCCCUUGUGCCCAGCGGGCCGCUGUACGACGGGUUCCAGGCGGGGACCGCCGACCGCGUGCGCCUCCUGGUCCCCCUGGUGCUGGAGGUGGGCCUGUGGAGCCUAGUGCCCGGCGUGGACACCGUGGCCAGGGACCCUCGCUGCUGGGCCGUGCGCAGGACUCAGCUCGAGUUCCGUGCCCGCGGGAGCAGCCCCUGGGACCGCUUCCUGGUGGGCGGCUACCUCUCUUCCCGUGUCCUGCUCGAGCUGCUCCGCAAGGCCCUGGCCUCCUCAGUCAACUGGCCGGCCAUCGGCGGCCUCCUCGGGUGCCUGAUCCGGCCCAGCAUGGCCUCGGAGGAGCUGCUGCUCGAGGUGCAGCACGAGCGCCUGGAGCUCACGGUCGCCGUGCUCCUGGCGGUCACUGGUGCCGCCGCCGCAGACCGCCCCCUGCUGGCCUGGCCCCUGGAGGGGCUGGCGGGAAACCUCUGGCUGCAGGACUUGUACCCCGCAGAGGCCGCCAGGCUGCAGGCCCUGGACGAGGGCGACGCCGGGACGCGCCGGCGGCUGCUGCGGCUGCUGUGCGGGGUCUGCCGCGGCCACCCGGCCCUGGGGCGGCUGGACCGCCGCCAUCUGACCCAGGUGGUCCUGCGCCUGGGGGAGGAGGAGGUGGACUGGGCCGAGGAGGCCCUGGGGGAGCGCUUCCUGCAGGCCCUGGAGUCGCUCGUGGACAGCCUGGAGCGGGCCAGCCUGCCCUGCCACCUCAACCCCGGCGUGAACCUCCUGGGCGGCCUGCGAGAGGAGGACAUUGACGACAUCGGCUACGCGCUCUACAGCGGCCUGCAGGCCCCUGAGUGGCUGCUCUAGAUGGGGGGGGGACAGGGCGGCCGGCGCUCGAUCUGACGCUGGUGAGCUGUGCGCGCCUCCCCUCCAGGAGUUUGCAGAGCACUUUUUCUCUUGCUUUAGCCAGAAUAGAGGAGGGUGCUCUAAGCCCACGGGGUUAGCAUGUAGCGGGCGGCAGUCCUGGGAGCGCCAAGCCCGGGCCUCUGGGGCAGCCCGGAGCGCUGGCCACUCGCGCCCCGUCAGCCCUCAGGCCGACCCUAGGACCUUGGGCUCGGUCCGCCGUCACCAGCAGUGAACACACUGACAGACACGGCUUCUGCUGUCCUAGGCAGGGGAUAAAGGCAGCUCCGUUUUUCUGUCGAGAGGGUGAGUUUGCACUUUCCUCGGGUGCCAGCUGCAGGCAUCUCGAGGCUUCUGGUGCCGGAUGGUAAAUUCGACACGUUUGUUUUGUCCCCCAGGGGCCAGAGUCACCUGGCACCCCCGGAUUGCAGCUUUGGGGCUGAUUUAAAGGCCUUGUCUCCUGACGUCACCUGGUGUCUAGUUGGCUUGUCGAGCUCCCCUCUCUAGCCUGGAGCAGGAGCUCAGCCCGACGUGCUGCCCACCUCAUACCUCAGGGGAAGGCCCCUUUCCCUCCAACCGGGCCAUUUUUCUCUUUGAGCAGAGAGGCCCCUGGGAGAGCCCCCUUCCCCUGCUGGGGGAGCCGAGGCUCCCUGUGCUGCCCGCCUUGCCUGGAGGCAAGGGAGUCCCACUGGCCCCUGCUGGGCCCGGCCGGAGAGCGGAGGCCGUGCCUUCCCGGGGAAGCCGGCUGAGCGGGCCUGGCCUCCACAGUGCCAACCGGAACUGCUCCCCGCUGACGCCCGUGUUCCCACCUAGCCUGGCACAGGUGGGGAGGGAGGGCCGCCCCGCCCCCCGGGCAUCCCUCCUGUCUUUGGUCUCCUUCUUGCUGAAGCAAAGCUAUGCCUCAAAGAAUAUGAAUGAGAAUAAAAGGAAAAGCUCAAACGUC